GACCGCCCUCCGGUGAUUUUGGGGACCCGUGGGAGCUGCAGGAGCCCUGGCUGGGCGUUUUUGGUUUGCCCUGAGCUUUGGGAGCCCUGGUUGGGCAUUUUUGGUGGGCCCUGAGCUCCCCCCUCCCCCGCAGCCCACGGACCCCCCGAACCCCCCAGCCCCGGGGCUGCCGCGGGGGCCCCCAACGGCCCUCAGCCAAUCCCAAAGCGCCCACGCCGCCCGCGCCCAAUCCCAGCGCGCCGCGCUGAUGACUCAUCAGUCGCCGGGAAGACGCCUCGAAAAAAGGGCCCCAACUGCGCCCUCAGCCAAGCCCAGCGCGCCCCAAACCCCCCAAAACGGCGCCGCCCGGCUGGUUUUGGGCUGUCAGCAGCUGUCCGGCGCUGGGCAUGGAGCGUGUGCGGGGAGCUGGGGCCGUGCUGGCGGUGCUGGUGGUGCUGGGAGCCCCCCCGGCUGCGGGCGAGGAGCUGUCGGGGGUGUUCCAGUGGAUGGGAAAGGCCGAGUGUCACUUCAUCAACGGCACCGAGCGGGUGAGGUUUGUGCAGAGGUUCGUCUACAACCGGGAGCAGUUCAUGCACUUUGACAGCGAUGUGGGGGUGUUUGUGGGGGACACCCCGUAUGGGGAGAUCCUGGCCAGGUACGGGAACCGGAACCAAGAAUGGAUGGAGUAUAUACGGGCUAGGGUGGACAGGCACUGCCGGCACAACUACAAGCUGUUCAGCUCGUUCAGCGUGGAGAGGAGAGUGCCCCCCAGCGUGUCCAUCUCGCUGGUGCCGUCGAGCUCCCAGCCCGGCCCCGGCCGCCUGCUCUGCUCCGUGAUGGAUUUCUACCCUGCACCGGUGCAGGUGAGGUGGUUCCAGGAUGGGCAGGAGGUGCUGGAGGAUGUGUUUUCCACCAACGUGGUCCCCAACGGGGACUGGACCUACCAGGUGCUGGUGCUGCUGGAAAACCCCCCCCGGCGCGGGGUCACCUACAGCUGCCAGGUGGAGCACGUCAGCCUGGAGCACCCCCUCAGCCGGCACUGGGAGAUGCCACCGGACACCGUCCGCAGCAAGAUCCUGGUGGGGGUCGGGGGCUUCGUCUUGGGCUUGGUCUUCCUGGCGCUGGGGCUCGGCUUCUACCUGCGGGAGAAGAGCUCCUGAGCCGCCGGCGGCCGCAGCCCCUCCCCGUGGCCUCGGGCCCAGCUGGGACCCCCCAGUCCAUCCCCAUGCUGAGUUUGGGGGGGUCAUGUGUCCCCCCUUCCCUGCAUUUAUUCUCAUCCCAGCUGGCUGCUUCCAGUGUUCCCAGUAAAGAUUCCCA